AUGCUGGGCUCACGGUCUUGCGCAUUCUUCCUCAGGAAAUGUGGGGAAGCAGGUAAUCGAAGAUUCAGCACUAGCAGUUUCCGUUUUCAGGACGUCGAAAUCAAGGUGGACGGUGUUAGUGUGAAAAUUGAGGCAGGGUCUUCAAUCAUUCAAGCGGCAGAUAAAGCUGGUAUCAUGAUUCCAAGAUAUUGCUACCAUGACAAACUAGCCAUUGCGGGAAAUUGUCGCAUGUGUCUUGUUGAAAUUGAAAAGUCUCCCAAGAUGGCAGCCGCUUGUGCCAUGCCAGUGAUGAACGGAAUGUCAGUGCUCACGAAUUCUGAAAAAGUGAAGAAAGCUAGAGAAGGAAUUACAGAAUUCUUGCUGUACAAUCAUCCUCUUGAUUGUCCUGUGUGCGACCAAGGUGGGGAAUGUGAUCUUCAAGAACAAACACUUCGGUAUGGUUCGGAUAGGGGUAGGUUUCAUGAGAUUUCCGGCAAACGAGCCGUCGAGAAUAAGGCACUUGGGCCCUUGAUCAAAACGUCGAUGAACAGGUGUAUUCACUGUACUCGAUGUGUGAGAUUCUUGAAUGAUGUUGCUGGGGCUCCUGAAAUGGGAAGCACUGGUAGGGGUAAUGAUCUCCAGAUUGGUACUUACGUGGAGAGAAACGUGAAUUCCGAGAUGAGUGGAAAUGUGAUUGAUCUGUGCCCGGUCGGAGCUCUGACUUCGAAACCUUACGCCUUUAAGGCCCGUCCUUGGGAGCUGAAGCGGACUGAGACACUAGAUGUCAUGGAUGCUCUUGGGUCUGCUAUUCGCGUUGACAGCAGAGGUUCUGAAAUCAUGAGAGUUCUUCCUAGACUUAACGACGAGAUCAACGAGGAGUGGAUCAGUGAUAAGACCAGAUUUAGCUAUGACGGGCUUGCAGUUCAAAGACUGACCAAGCCAAUGAUAAAGGUGGAUCACACGUUUGCUGACGCGACCUGGCACGAUGUCUUAAGCUUGAUCAAGGAGAAAUACGAAGAGCUGAAACCAGCAGAAAAUGAAGUCAAGGGCAUAGCUGGAGCUCUGGCAGACGUUGAGAGUAUGGUUGCUUUGAAAGACUUGAUCAAUAGAAUGAAUUCUGAAAACCUUAGUCUUGAUGUUCCGAUCACCAACAUUCCUUCGAUUGACUUCCGCUCCAACUAUCUGUUCAAUUCGACCAUCGAGCGCAUCGAUGAAUGUGAUCAGUUGCUUUUAGUUGGCACUAACCCAAGGCACGAGGCUCCUUGCCUGAACGCAAAGCUGAGAAAUAGAUGGCUCAACUCUAACAUGGAGGCUUCUCUGAUUGGUGAAGAAUUUGAUUCGACCUUUGAAUAUGAGUAUUUUGGCUCCUCUGCAAACGAUUUGGUCAAGGCAUUGAAAGGCAAACUUGGAGAUAAGCUAGCGAAUGCACAAAAACCAAUGGUUAUCGUCGGUUCCGGUGUAUUGGAGAACGGGGACUCGCUUGCAAUUCAGAAGAUCCUUGCCUUGUUCGCUGCCGGAAAACCAAACUUCAAUAACAGUGAUUGGAAGGCAAUCAACCUGCUUCACAGAGAAGCAGCCAGAGCUGGUGCCUUGGAUAUCGGGUUCUACAAUGAAAGUGCCAAGGUCAAAGCAGCCAGUCCAAAGAUUGUCUUUUUGUUGGGCGCAGAUGAGAUUGCUCCCACAGCCAUCCCUAAAGAGUCAUUUGUUAUUUACAUUGGCUCUCACGGAGAUGUUGGUGCUUCGCUGGCAGAUGUGAUUCUUCCAGGAGCAGCAUUCACCGAAAAGAGCGCGACUUACGUCAAUACUGAAGGUCGUGCUCAGCUUACUCGUGCUGCCCUUGGACCUCCAGGUUCUGCUAGACAUGAUUGGCAAAUCAUAAAAGCCAUAAGCGAAUAUGUUGGUCUGGGUUUACCAUAUGAACAUGAAAUGCAAUUGAGGUCUAGAAUGUUGAACAUCGCUCCACAUUUGGUGAACUACGACGUCGUUGAACCUACAUCUACUGAACUUUAUACCUUGAGCUUGAAUAUCGCAGCCACAUUCAAAGUGGGUGCUAUCAAAGGCGAGACAUUGAAGAAUCCAAUAGAGAACUUUUACUUCACGGACGUCAUUUCUAGAAACUCCAAAACUAUGGCCCAAUGUGUGGGAAGCUUUGGACCGAAGAUUGAGAAGAUCCACGACGAGAAUGCUCAUCUUUACUUAGGUAUAACCUGA